AACCUGGAAGGAAGGACGUUGUUUGACGUGUUGAUUGUAAACAGAAGCAAAAAAUUAGGACGUGUAGCACUGGAGAAACUACUAACUGACUUCAAAAUACAGUAGACUUUAUUAAACUCCGUGACAAAUGUAGUAUUUUUUGUGCAUGUUUUUGUAGUUGUAUAAUUGUUUAGUGAACGUGUUUUAACCGAAAAUAACUGUAAUGUAAUCAUUUUAAACAAAAAUUACUCCUCCGAUGGACCCAAAAAAAUCAUCCGACAUGAAGGACACCCCGAGCCUGAUAUAUUAUGGAGUUUUCACUCCCAACGACAACAAAGACCACAACGGUGUCCCUAACGUUUUUGACGACAAAGUGGAAGCUUUGAAAGUAGCUAAGAAGAACAAAAAAUCUAGGUUUAAGGCUUUUCAGUUUUAUCACGAGGCGCUAGAAUUCGCCCUGAACGGUUCAGAGUUUCCUAAUAACAACACAACAGUCAACGGGGUUCCGAAAACUGAAACGAGCCAAGCUGUUGGCGAAAAGGCGAGUCCCUUCAAAGGACCUAAGCCCCAAGAGUUGGUCGAGUUGAGGAAGGCUAUUGAAAACGGGAACGUUAAAUUUGUGAGAGACAUAAUAUGGCAGAACCCUCGUUACCUUGUCAGCAGCGGGGACACUCCCUCUAUAUUACAGGAGGGGCCUCGUUAUAACGCCUUGCACGUGGCAGCUAAAUCAAAGAACGCGGAAAUAGCAGAGCUGAUUCUCAGCACCAUAUCUAACACAGAAUUCAUCAAGCUCCUCUACGGAGAUGAUAAUCAGCAAAAUGCUGAGGAUAGGACAGCUAUUCUUCUCGAUUUGUACCUGAAUACCCCUAACAAGGGUCUGAAUGAGACACCUUUGCACUUUGCUUCUAAACAUGGCAGCGCAGAAGUGGUGGAAAUCCUGGUUUCUUUUCCUCAAUGUGAUAAGACGCUGAGAAAUAAGUUCAACAAACUGGCUGAGCAGAUUAUUUGCGAAAGGGCGGAAGGUGAUAACAUAGCAGCAGCUAAGAGAAAAAUUGAGAUGUUAUUGAAGGACAGCUAUUACGUUCCAGUUUUGAGGGCUGAGGAUAAUAGCAUGGCGCCACUAAUAGGAGAGCCGUUUUCUCCAUCAAAACCACCGGUGCUGAAUUCGAACCCGCUAACCCCUCGCCUGGAAAUCCACGCGUAUGCUGGCCCGAUGGAUCAGAAGAACGCCCGGGAGUUCCGCAGGGUAUGGAAGACUCCCCCUCGCUCGCUACACUUCAAUUCGCCCAACAAAACACCAAAGGACCUGCUGAACGUGUCUUCGCUGCGUUUCAAAGACCCACGAAAGGGGCUCGAGAGGAUUGGAAAGCGCCUCGCCAAUGAAUUCGACGUCAAUUGGAAAGAGUACUGGCCUUUCCUCGGUAGUUUCCUGGAUAUUUCCUCCGAAGAGGGGUUGGAUGCCUUGGAGAAGUACUUGCAGGAGAGAUUGGCCGACCCGGAAAAUUCUAGGACAGAAGAUUCUAAUGAGGGGGCUAAGGAGUUGAACGGGGAUGAAGUGCUGAGUCCCGUGUCGAAUUUGUGCUUGGCAUUUUCGAGUUGUCGGUUGAGCGACAGUGCGGAGCCUCAGCCUUCCGUCAAAUUGGACCGUAUCAGCGACAGCGAUUCUAUUAAUUAUUUGGACAAGGCGUGCCAGGUAUUCGCCAACCGCAUCUCGAACGACAUCCUCAACGUAUUCUGCGACGAAGGCACUGUCCUACAAAACCUCGAGACGCAAGUGAAGCAGUUAGAACUACUGACGACGAGCUACAUGGAGGACGCGCGAUUCGCGCUCGUCAACUUCCAGAAAAUCCACUCGCGUAUCGGUCUCCUCAUCGGCCGGAAGAUGUGCGCUUGGGCGAAAGAUGAGAUCUGUGCAUCUCUGCGCGCCCGACUGGAAAAUCUCUUCGACGCGGCCGCGAAGAGCGUCGAUUGUUUCUCUUCGGAUGAUGAAGGUCAUCGCGACAUGCGCGAACCGACCUCGGAGCUGCGCAAACCGACGAUGCGCAAGAAGCAGCUGAUUUGCCUUCUCCACUACGUGCUGAACGGGCUGUCGAGGAGUUUCGAGGGGGAUGGCGGGUCGCGAGACGAGUGCCUAAGGGAUUGGGAGGAGGCGGAGGCGUGCGGGUGCGUGUACCACGCGAGGAAGUCGAACAAGAGGAAUAGCUUGUCGAGGAGCGCGAGUUUCAAGAACAGCGGGAGGAUUCCGCUCAAGAACGAGGACGAAAAUAUACCGAGGAGGCUGAGUUUCGAUGAUGGAGAUCCCCCUGCUGUUCCGAACGGAUAUAAACUGAGCAAUGGCCACGACGACGUAGAAAUAAGUACUGAUGAAGAUCCAGACUUGGAUGAAGACAAGUUUUAUACGCCUCCCUCUAGUCCUAGCUUAUUGGAAUGCGAAUCGGAUUCUGACGAUGAAUUCAAUGACACAGAACUACCAAAGCACGACAUAUUUUUAGAAGGGGAUUGCCCUACGAAACUAGACUGUGAAGUAUUCAACGCCCUCUGUUAUGCGGAAGUGCAAUUAGAUAGUAAGAAAUAUCCAAAUAUUUACAAAUGGCAUCACACCGUGAGCUUGUACUCCACUGAGGAGAGAGAGAGCUGGAAUAGCCACAAACCCAAAUCAAAGGUCUUCCUGAACGUCUCCCUAAAUUCUUCCUUCGACCUGGACCAGCCGCGAAGGACCAGCACUCCGUCCAAGUCUUGGCUCAGGAUAACGGGCGCCAACUCACCGAAGGCUGUCGUUAAAUCACGUAGCAUGCAUUUAUGAAAAUACUUCUCGUUUUGCGGUGUGCUGCUCUUGUUCUGUACGUUUAAUGUUUGUUUUGUAUGAAUGUGAUCGCAAAUGCAAGUGACUUUGUUGAUUCUGCCCGGAUAUUGAAAGUACUUCUCAAUGAUUUUGAUUUGGAAACUUGAUGAUACUUCUUAAUUUUUUUAUUUAGCAUUUGUCUAAACCGAUUGAAAAUAGUUCUACAAAAAUCUUGGACUGACCAAACAUUUCUCUAAAGUGUCUUUGAGUUAACCCACGACUAUUUGAUUUUAUAAAAGGAGUUUUGAUUUUAUAAAAGGAGUUUUGAUUUUUAUAAAAGGAGUUUUGAGGUCUCAUUUCAGUGUAUGACACAUUUUUCGAGUUUUCCAAGUUUUUUAUGAAUAUGAUUGCAAAUGCUAGUGACUCUGUUAAAUCUGCCUGGAUAUUGAAAGUACUCCUCAAUGAUUUUGAUUUGGAAACUUGAUG